AUGAAAAAGCAGGAAUUCAAGUGGACGCCAGAAGCAGAAGCUGCCUUCCAACAAAUGAAAAAGUGCUUGAUCAAGCUCCCUACUCUAACCGCGCCGUUUGAGAAAGAGCCACUCAUCUUGUACUUCUCUUCUUCGGACAAGGCAGUUGGGUCGGUAUGGUUGGUGGAGAGAGACGGAGUUCAGACUCCAAUUUACUAUGUCAGUAGGGUGCUUACAGAUCCAAAAACAAGAUAUUCAACCAUGGAAAAGUUAGUGCUCGCGCUGUUACACACCUCUAGGAGGCUGCGCAGAUAUUUUUCAGGGCAUGUAAUCACGGUUCUCACCAACUUCCAUAUCGGCACAAUUUUGCAAAAGCCAGAAACGUCAGGUCGCCUAGCAAAGUGGGCAAUUGAACUGGGGGGCCACAACAUUCUGUACAGGCCGCGUCCAGCCAUUAAAGGUCAAGUAUUAGCAUACUUCAUCAUGGAAGUCCCAGAAGAUAAGAUCAAAGAUUGUGAAGUUGUUGACACCCCCAUCAAAGACACGUCCGAUGGAUUAUGGUUGCUAUACACUGAUGGGGCCUCAAACGAAGAUGGCGCAGGAGCUGGAUUGCGCCUUGUUAGCCCUGAGAAACAUGAGUUUACAUACGCCAUCAAGUGGGAUUUCAAGAAUACCAACAACGAGGCCGAAUAUGAAGUGUUCUGGGCAGGCCUGCGCCUGGCCAUUAAGAUAGGGGCUCAAAACUUGCAAGAACAUGUCGACUCUCUGCUGAUCGCGAGCCAAAUCAAUAGGUUAUAUGAUGCGAAGGGCGAAGUUAUGGCUCUGUAUUUAGAACAAGCGAAGGAGUUGCUUCAGCAGUUCAAAUCAUACAAGGUUGUUCAUAUUAAUCGAUCUGAGAACAAGCCAACGGACGCGCUAAGCAAGCUCGCUUCAACAGCUUUACAACAUCUCGCCAAGGAUGUACGAAUCAUGGUCUUAGAAAAUCCAUCCGUUUUGUUGAGACAAGUGAAUGUAAUUGAGAUAGGGCCACCAUCAUGGUUGACUCCUAUCAUCCAAUAUCUUCAAGAAAGAAUUCUCCCUGAAAACAAAGCAGAAGCUAGGAAGAUACAGAACAAGGCGUUGUUUCUAUGA